GCAGCGUCCUCAAGUAUCAGUAUUCAGUCACUGCAGCGUUGUGUUUGUACACCGUGGACUUAAGCAGCUCGUUUUCAAAGUGUAUAUACCAUAACAGCGAUGUCUCUGGAGGAAUGUCUGGGUCGCAGAUACAAGUUAGUGAAGAGUGAAAACUUCAACGAAUACAUGAAAGCAAUCGGCAUUGGCUUCUUGUCGCGGAAGAUUGGCAACAGUGUGCGUCCUGCCAUGAUCCUGAUGAGGGCUGGAAACAAGUACACGAUGAUAUCGGCGACUGGAAUCUUCACGACGUCCAACUCGUUCCGGCUGGGUGAAGAGAAGUGGGUGAAGACCGAGGACGGCCGGCGAGUCAUCCGUACCUGUACGCUGGAGGGCAACACUCUUACCUGGGUGGAGAGGGGGCACAAACUCGUCACCUACGUGUUCGAGUUCACUACAGAAGAGCUCAAGAUGACGAUUAUGGUGGACAACGUUGUUUGCACGAGGAUAUUUGAAGCGAUACGAGGCAUGGAAGUGGGAGCCUACGGUGCCACGCCUCCCCACGUCCCUCAGGUCGGCAAGAAGUGAGCGGCGGCGAGGUUUCCUGGGGACUGUGCGUGCCAGAAGCCACUUGCGUCGCUCAUUACACUAACGGUCUUCGCAUUUUUGGAAAGUCUUCGCUGUCUUUCCGUCAUGAACCAAUGUUUCAUUGAAACUUUUCUCUAGUCAUAAUUUUAACUUCACUAUCUUAUGUAAUCAUAGUUUACUUGUUUUGUGU